AACGUGUUGUCUCCUUUCUGUCUCUCUCUCGCCGCCAUGGGCUUCGGGGACUUGAAAUCUCCCGCUGGCCUCCAGCUCCUCAACAACUUCUUAGCGGACAAGAGCUACAUCGAGGGAUAUGUCCCAUCCCAGGCAGAUGUUGCAGUCUUUGAAGCAGUUGGUGUUUCUCCGCCCCCUGAGCUUUUCCAUGCCCUCCGGUGGUACAAUCAUAUUAAAUCGUAUGAAAAACAAAAAGCAAGCUUGCCUGGAGUGAAGAAGCCUUUGGGGAAAUACGGCCCUGCAGAUGUUGAAGACACAACAGGUGCCACUGGAGACAACAAAGACGACGAUGACAUUGAUCUCUUUGGCUCAGAUGAAGAGGAGGAAAGCGAAGAAGCAAAAAGAUUAAGAGAGGAGCGACUUGCUCAGUAUGAAUCAAAGAAAUCCAAAAAGCCAGCACUCAUAGCAAAGUCAUCCCUUUUGUUGGAUGUGAAGCCAUGGGAUGAUGAGACAGACAUGGCCAAAUUGGAGGAGUGUGUCAGAAGCAUCCAGGCUGAUGGCCUGGUUUGGGGAUCUUCCAAACUAGUUCCAGUUGGUUAUGGAAUCAAGAAGCUUCAAAUUCAGUGUGUGGUUGAAGAUGAUAAAGUUGGCACUGACAUGUUGGAAGAGAGGAUUACAGCUUUUGAAGACUACGUACAAUCAAUGGAUGUAGCUGCUUUCAACAAAAUUUAAGUCCUCAUCACACCCAGAAUAAAAUUGCUGAAACAGUCAA